CUAGAGAAAGAAGAAAAAGAAUAUCAAUUUGAGGCUAUUCCUCGACGCAAUGCCAUCUAUCUGCGUGGUGUUGAUGAGAUGUCAACAGCAGAUAUCACAUCUUAUGCCAACACGCCCUUGUUACAAAAAGUACAAUGGAUAAACGAUUCGUCAUGCAAUCUUGUGUUUGACAAUGAAGAGCAGGCUAUGGAAGUGGCACAAACUCUACUUCAUGAACCAACAGCUUCAUUGGACCACCAUACAUUGUUACCAGCCAAGCCCUUUACACACAAUGAUCGUUCAUUUGAAUUGUUUAUUCGUGUAGCUACUGAUGAAGAUGUCAAGGAGAAAGGAGCACGAGCCAAGAGUCGCUAUUAUAUGAUUCAUGGUACGGAUGAUGAACCUCUUACUUCUGAACGAAAGGAGGUACGCAAGGAACAUGUAGAACGUAUGAGCAAGAACGGUGGUGACGGACGUGAUGUCUUUAGCCGACUA